AUGGCCUCAUCAAGAUCUUCAUCUGAUAACGUUAGGGCUUCUCACAUACUGAUUAAGCAUCAAGGCUCUCGCCGUAAGGCUUCGUGGAAGGAUCCAGAAGGUCGAGUCAUCAGCAACACCACCAGAGAGAGUGCGGUCUCUCAGCUUAAAGCCCUCCGUGGUGACAUCGUUUCCGGCGAAGCUAAGUUCGAGGACGUCGCCGCUAGUUACUCCGACUGUAACUCCGCCAAACGCGGCGGCGAUCUCGGUUCAUUUGGGAAGGGGCAAAUGCAGAAGCCUUUUGAAGAUGCAACGUAUGCACUGGCAGUUGGUGAGAUAAGUGACAUAGUCGACACUGAUAGCGGGGUACACAUCAUCAAGAGAACAGCUUGA